AUGAUAUGCGCUAAUCUGACUACCAAAAGAAAGGAAGAGAGCAAGAAAAGAGAAGUGUACAGCUCAACUGCCAAUGCUGGUGUAUGGCAUCACGCGAUGCAACAAGCGGCGGUCCAAAACCACUUAAUGCCUGGCGAGCCCAUUUGGAUGCAUUCGAGUUAUCGUCACCCACGCGGCUGGGUCGUCUCAUCUUCGAGUGACACAGUCAUAAGCGAUGCUACAUACAUCAUUAUUCUGGUUGCCUCCCACCUUUCUUCUGGCACCCGAUUUCACCAGCUCUCUCCUCUCUCUCCGUCCUCCCUCGCCUCAGUCCUCUCAGUCUCCCUUUCGUUGGUCAGUUUCUUCCCCAUUAACAGGCAAGGCACCCGCUACAGCUGUUCUCUUGCACCGAUGGGCCGGUUUACCGCCCCUCCUCCGCACCGACGCUCCGUCUACAUGUCGUACUGUCUGGCAGGAAAACCACUUAGCACGGCCCUUGAUCCUUCUCUCUCUAUCUCUCUCUCUCUCUCUCCUUCUCUCUUUCUGGCUCUUUCUUUCUCCCUCUCGCUCACCUACCGGCCGGCUUCAGAUGGAAUGUUCUCGGUGACUUUUCAACUAACAGGCGGUCUGAGACGCCGUAGCCAGUUCCGCUUUUAA